AUGGCUACAAUUACACAUAGAAAAAACCCUUCACAACCAAUAACUUUCCAAACACCUCCAGCAGAUGCUCCAAUUGAAAAAUUAAAUGAUUUUUAUUGGACAAAUGAAACUGAACCUCAUACAAUUAGAAGAAAAUUAAUAUUGAAAAAAUAUCCAAAAAUUACAGAACUUUGUGGACCUGAACCUUUAACUAAAUAUAUUAUUUUCGGAGUUGUUUCAUUACAAUUAUCAAUUGCUUAUUAUUUAAGAAAUACUCCAUUUUUAAGUUGGAAAUUCUUUUUGUUAAGUUAUAUAAUUGGUGCUACUGCAAAUCAAAAUGUCUUUUUAGCUAUUCAUGAAUUAACUCAUAAUUUAGCAUUUAAAAAACCAUUACAUAACAAAUUAUAUGCAAUUUUCACAAAUAUUCCAAUUGGUAUACCUUAUUCAGCUUCUUUCCAACCUUAUCAUCAAUUACAUCAUAAAUAUUUAGGUGAUGAAGUUUUAGAUACUGAUGUCCCAACAAAAUAUGAAGCUAUAGUUUUAUCAAAUGUCUUGGGGAAAUCAUUUUUUGCAACUUUCCAAAUCUUAUUUUAUGCUUUAAGACCAAUGUUUAUUACACAAAUUAAAUUUACUUAUAUUCAUUUACUUAACGUCUUGGUUCAACUAUUUGUUGAUUUCUUAAUUGUGAAAUACUGGGGUUGGAAAUCAUUAAGUUAUUUCAUCUUUAGUUCAUUUUUAGCUGGUUCUUUACAUCCAUGUUCAGGUCAUUUCAUUGCUGAACAUUAUAUCAUGGAUCCACCAAAGACUUAUAACAGAUAUAAAGAUCAUCCACCUUUAGAAACUUAUUCAUAUUAUGGUGCCUUAAAUUUAGUUACAUGGAAUGUUGGUCUACAUAAUGAACAUCAUGAUUUCCCAUAUGUUGCUUGGUCAAAACUUCAUAAAUUGAAUGAAGUUGCUAAUGAGUUUUAUUGUGAUUUACCAAAACAUGAUUCAUGGACUAUGGUUAUUGUUAACUUCAUUCUUGAUAAAAAUGUCUUAUUAUACAAUAGAGUUAAAAGAGAAACUGCAAAGAAAUAA